CAUUUUGUAUUCACUUAUCAACAUCUCACAAUACCAUCGCAUAAGCAUAUGUACGAGGUUGUCUGGUAGCAAACACAAGUAAAUCGUAUUCGAAAUUAUGUUCCAACCACACCCAGAAGACCGACUUCAUCUACGAAUGCACCGUGCUCGGUCGGUGGUCCUUACGUCACAAGAGUUGGUUGAAAUACGAGCCGCCCAGCGAACAUUUGAAGGAGCAUAUAUGCGAACGGCCCUUUCACAGUUCAGCUUUGCCCUAAUCAUACUUAAAAUCUUCACCUCCGAGUUUUAUGCUAUAGGCGCCCUCUUUGCCGUCUAUGGUGCAGCGGUCUUGUUGUGCGCCAUAUAUCGCCGAUAUCAGGGCAAUAGGCAAUUCUUCACCACCACCGGUUGCGAUGGCGAAGUGAAGAACAAAUUUCGCACCAGCGGCAAUAGCGUGCUUCUCCUCACAAGCCUCAGUAUCAGCGCCUAUAUUAGUUUGAUAGUUCUGACCUUUCAAUUGGAAUCAUAAAGGAAUAGACUGCGACGAACUGACCAGAAGGUCUCCGCUUGGGAGUAGGGUUCCAUUGCUCGUAUUUUGCUACUAGACAUAGGCGCUGGGCUAAUUGUUUCGGGCCAUCUUGGUCGAACAAUUAAUAUCCUCUUGGUGGCGUUAAUAGGGCAUUGUCUCACAUAAAUGUAGCCAAGAUCAAUAUACAUUAUGACUACUACAACAACAAUAGAAAGAAUAUGUCAAAUCAUACCGGUCAUCUAAGACAAACUCGGCUCAUUGAA